AUGACUUCCCAUUACACUACAGUUCGACUGACAAUGUUCACUAUAGUGUUAAUGUCAGCUAUGGUGAGCUUUGCAAUGGCAGAUACGAAUAAAGACAAAGAAGAAUGUGCAGAACAGCUUGUAGGACUGGCUACAUGUCUGCCUUAUGUAGGAGGUGAUGCCAAAGCUCCUACCCCAGAUUGUUGCAGUGGCGUAAAGCAAGUUCUCAAGAACAACAAGAAGUGUUUGUGUGUCAUUAUUAAAGACAGGAAUGAUCCUGAAUUAGGUCUCAAGAUCAAUGCUACUCUCGCUUUGGGCCUCCCUACUGUUUGCCAUGCCCCUGCCAACGUUUCCCAAUGCCCCACUCUUCUCAACCUGCCUCCUAAUUCACCAGAUGCUCAAGUUUUCUAUCAAUUUGCCAACAGCUCUAAUCAUGCUGCCAAUAGCCCUGCUCUCAGUCCCAGCCCUAUUGCAGGUGGCAACUCCAAGGGAACAAGUGCUCAACAGAAGAGCAAUGGAUGCUACAAUGGGAACACAAACUUUGGGUUGGAGAUUGUAUCUUUAGGGGUUUUAAUAUGUUGUUUCAAUAUUCAUGCACACUUGUUCAUGUAG